AUGAACAUCCAGAGGGACGCUACUAAGUCUAUCGCCAUCGUGGGAGCAGGCAGUGGGGGCCUCGCAGCGCUCAAGACGAUCUUGGAUGUCGCUUCGAAUAUCAAUGCGAACUGGGAGGUAGUCCUCUUCGAGCAGCAUCGCAACGUCGGUGGACUGUGGCUCGCUGACCCUCCAGGGUCUGAACCCGACCCUCCAGAGCUUCCAGAGUCACCAGUCUAUCCUCUUCUCCACACCAAUACAGCAAAUCCCACAAUGACCUAUCCUCAUGUUCCCUUUCCGCCAGGCACAUCACUAUUUCCGUCAUGGGAGGCCGUUCAACAGUACCAUGUGGAUUUCGCGGAGUCCUUCGACUUAAUGCCAUAUAUCAGGCUGAACCACACCGUUGUCUCAGCACAAUGGCAUGGACAUGGCGAAUUUGGUGACUGGCACGUCGAAGUCCACUCGCCCUCGCCAGAUGCAGACCCGAGCGAGGAGGUCGUGCUCAAACGGACCUUCGAUCACCUCGUCGUAGCCGCGGGUCACGACCACUACCCGCAUGUACCCACUUGGACGGGCACAAGCGAUUGGUUGGCGAAUUCGAAUUCUGGAUCGUCUAGGCGACGAAUCGUACACUCCAUAUACUACCGCCACCCAGAAGAAUAUGCGAACCAGAGCGUCGUCCUUGUCGGAGCGGGUGCGAGUGCACGAGAUAUCGCCCUGCAGGUGGGCUCAUUAGCCAAGAUGGUCUACCAAUCAGUCAAGGAAAACCAGACUACAACGCCCGGCGCGAAUGUCGUCGAGAAACCAGAGAUCGCAUACUUUACUUCGGAUGCGAUCUUCUUCACCGAUGGCACAUCGGUCGAAGAGAUCGAUACCGUCAUACUUGCAACAGGUUAUGAGUUCCGCAUGCCUUUCCUGACCGCGCCACAUGCUUCUACAGUGGUCACCGACCCGAGCACACGACAGAACUCAACUACCGCACAGCGCCCCAUCAGCAACCUGCGAUACAUUUUCCCUCUGUACCGGCACAUAUUCAGCCUCGGCCCAGCUGUUCCUCCCACUGCGCUCGCAUUCGUCGGUCUUCCCGUGAUCAUUGCCAACUGCCCAUCAGACUAUGCGCAGGGCAUGCUCGUCGCGCACGCGUUCGCAAACGCUUCACUCUUGCCUCCGCGCGAAGAGAUGCUCGCAGAUCUCGUCGCGCGCGAGGAGGCGCUCCGCGAGCAGGGCCUCGACCCCUAUUUCGUCGGACAUCGUAUGAGCGACAACGGCGCGCAAACGUACCAGGAUGACCUCGUUGAAUACCUGAAGAAGCAUGGGGCAUUGCCGGAUGACGGGAAAAAGUACGUGGAGUCGUGGCGCCGGAUGGGCAGGCGUGAGGGCCCGUUGAUCUACCGCGCCUGGCAACGAGUGCGGCGCCUUGGCGAGGAGGACCGGUGGCUGCGAAACGUGCGUACUGAGGAGGAGUGGGCUGACUUGUUGAGGAGGUUGGUGGAGUGGCAGAGAAAGUGGGAGGAUGAUGGACACGAACCGGAACCGGCAACGAUUUUGCUAGAUGAGUAUGAAUUCUGA